CCAAGUUCCGGCCAGGUCGACCUCGAGGAUCCAGAGGUGGAGACGGUACUACCUCCCAGCUCUGGUUUCCAUCCCCUUCAGGUCCUUCCUUGGGUGCAGAACUGAGCCCAGGCCACACUACUGUGUUCACGCUCUGUGCUUGUGCCAAGGGGGCAAUGGCGGCUUCCUGUGUUCUCCUGCACACUGGGCAGAAGAUGCCUCUGAUUGGUCUGGGUACCUGGAAGAGUGAGCCUGGUCAGGUAAAAGCAGCUGUUAAGUAUGCCCUUAGUGUAGGCUACCGCCACAUUGAUUGUGCUGCUAUCUACGGCAAUGAGCCUGAGAUUGGGGAGGCCCUGAAGGAGGACGUGGGACCAGGCAAGGCGGUGCCUCGGGAGGAGCUGUUUGUGACAUCCAAACUGUGGAACACCAAGCACCACCCCGAGGAUGUGGAGCCUGCCCUCCGGAAGACUCUGGCUGACCUCCAGCUGGAGUAUCUGGACCUGUACCUGAUGCACUGGCCUUAUGCCUUUGAGCGGGGAGACAACCCCUUCCCGAAGAAUGCUGAUGGGACCAUAUGCUACGACUCCACCCACUAUAAGGAGACUUGGAAGGCUCUGGAGGCACUGGUGGCUAAGGGGCUGGUGCGGGCGCUGGGCCUGUCUAACUUCAACAGUCGGCAGAUCGAUGACAUACUCAGUGUGGCCUCCGUGCGUCCAGCUGUCUUGCAGGUGGAAUGCCACCCAUACUUGGCUCAGAACGAGCUAAUUGCCCACUGCCAAGCACGUGGCCUGGAGGUAACUGCUUAUAGCCCUUUGGGCUCCUCUGAUCGUGCAUGGCGUGAUCCUGAUGAGCCUGUCCUGCUGGAGGAACCAGUAGUCCUGGCAUUGGCUGAAAAGUAUGGCCGAUCUCCAGCUCAGAUCUUGCUCAGGUGGCAAGUCCAGCGGAAAGUGAUCUGCAUCCCCAAAAGUAUCACUCCUUCUCGAAUCCUUCAGAACAUCAAGGUGUUUGACUUCACCUUUAGCCCAGAAGAGAUGAAGCAGCUAAAUGCCCUGAACAAAAAUUGGCGAUAUAUUGUGCCUAUGCUUAUGGUGGAUGGGAAGAGAGUCCCAAGGGAUGCAGGGCAUCCUCUGUACCCCUUUAAUGACCCGUACUGAGAUUACAGCUUCUUGGCCUCCCUUCCACCUCUCCAGCUAAUGAAGUCCUGCCACAGUGGAAAGAGGGAGUUAAUAAAGCCAUUGGAGCACCCA